CCAAGUCUUCGCCGUAGUAAGAUUCCCUUGACGUGUGUAGAUCAGUAGGAGGGCAUUUGGUGCGUUUCUAGUGGUGCUGUUGUGUUUCUGUAUUGUCCUUUUCCUCCUCACUGCUGCUGUUCAGCGUGGAGGAUGGCGGAGACAGUCACGGCACAGUUAGACACUUUAGGCCGCAAUUUCCAGCUCGCGGAUCUUCAGGCGCUCCACUGCUCGCGCCAGGUGGAGAGCCGUGGUUCGCUUAUGCAUGCUCCCCACAGUGCCUCCCAAACGCCUGGUGGUACGUCAGCUUGGGGAUGGGAACAUUUCAUAACACAUCCUCCAAAUCAUGAAAUCAUUUCAAGCCCUAGAUUCUGUUCAUGCCAUAGAUUGAAUCCAAAUCAAAGUUUUGGAAUGGAGAGCAGUCAGCCAGUCAACAUCACAGAUCCAGGUACACGUCGGAAGAAGAAACGCAGAACUCGGGCCGCAGACAGUUUCACUGGCAAAUUUAGUGAUCUGUACAGGCUGUCCGAUGAUCUGCUGGGUCAGGGAGCUUAUACUAAAGUCCAGAGUUGUGUGAGUUUACAGAAUGAAAAUGAGUAUGCUGUAAAGAUAAUCGAGAAGAAUGCUGGUCACAGUCGCAGUAGAGUUUUCAGAGAGGUGGAGACGCUUUAUCAGUGUCAAGGAAAUAAGAACAUUCUGGAACUCAUACAGUUUUUUGAAGAUGACCGCUGUUUUUAUCUGGUUUUUGAGAAGUUAUGUGGAGGUUCCAUUUUAACACACAUUCAGAGUCGGAAGUACUUUGAUGAGAGAGAGGCUAGUCAUGUAGUCAGGGAUAUAGCACAUGCAUUGGACUUUCUGCACAACAAAGGUAUCGCUCAUCGAGACCUCAAGCCUGAAAAUAUCCUGUGUGAAUAUACCGAUAAGGUUUCUCCUGUCAAGAUCUGCGAUUUUGACCUUGGCAGUGGAGUGAAGCUGAACAGUGCCUGUACCCCUAUAACUACCCCUGAGCUCACCACACCGUGUGGCUCGGCAGAGUACAUGGCUCCUGAGGUGGUAGAGGUCUUUUCAGAUGAGGCUUCGUUCUAUGAUAAGCGUUGUGAUCUCUGGAGCCUUGGGGUCAUUCUCUACAUCCUACUUAGUGGGAGCCCUCCCUUUACUGGCCACUGCGGCACCAACUGUGGCUGGGAACGAGGAGAGACUUGCCGUGCCUGCCAGAAUAACCUGUUUGAGAGGAUUCAAGAGGGAAAGUAUGAAUUAAGGGAUGGAGUCUGGGCUCAGAUAUCAGCUGAUGCUAAAGAUCUGAUCUCACGGUUGCUGGUGCGAGACGCCACUCUACGAAUGAGUGCAGCUCAAGUCCUAAAGCAUCCCUGGGUGCAGGGGAAUGCACCUGAAAGAGUUCUUCCAACUCCUCGUGUUCUACAAAGAAACUGUAGCACUAAAGACCUGACACAGUUUGCAGCAGAAGCCAUAGCAUUCAACCGUCAACUAUCUCAGCAGGAGGAAGAGCAAGAGGACUUUGGGGCCGUUGUUUGCUCUAUGAGGCUCUCCCCUCCCUCUAACUCUAGAUUGGCCCGACGCAGAGCACAGUCUCAGGCACUACGCACCAGUACCUGACACCUGCCUACUGCACAGGAACUGAGUGAUACACAUACACACCACAUAUGGUGUAUUAUAAGGCUUCAUACACGCAUACAUUGUCUGCUGAACGGAAUAGCUUAUUGAGCGUACCACAAAUCACUCUAACCCUCACAAACACUUGCUUGCACACCACAAGCUCAGUGCUUACUAACCUUAAGUAUGCAUAAAAUGUGUUUUUUUUUUUUUUUUUUUUUUAAACUCAUUUAAAUAACAUUUAAAUUUGCAUCAAGUUCAUUUUCGUCCUUAUCCUGCUCUCAGUGUAAUGGAGUUUUGUGGUCAGUUUUACGCACCGGAAACUGUGAUCUAUUUAUUUAUUUAGAUAUUUAAAUAUUUCUUAUAAAAUAUUUAUGACUGGAAGUGUUUCCCAGCCACAAAAAAAGGUGUUCAGUUCUGAGGAAAUCUUACAGAGCAAUUGAUUUUAAUGAUAUCACAGCAGUGAGGCUUUUAAACAUUUGUAUUUCCAUUCUUGGAAUUAUUUAACUGAAUCAGUUUUUUAACAUUUUAAAGUCACAAAACAUUUUUUAAAGAAAUAGUUCACCCAAAAUGAGAAUUGUCAUUAUUUACUCACCCCAAUGCCCCUCCAAACCUGUAUGAUUUUAUUUCUACCAUGGAACACAAAUGGAGAAGAGUGGAAAGUCUUUACAUGUAUUUUUGCCAUAAAAUGAAAGUGAAUAGUGACUCCGGUCUGUAAAUCUCCAUAAAGGAAAAAACACACUAUAAAACCCACAGUAAAAGUAAUCAAUACAACUCUUGAUACAAAGCCAUACGAUCACUUUGUGUGAUGAACAGACCUAAAUUUAAGUUGUUAUUCACUCUCAGGAUUGGGAGGAUUACUUUUGAAAUGUAUUCCACUACAGAUUGCAUAAUACAUGCUGUAAAAUGUAAUUUGUAAUGUAUUCCAUUAGAUUACUCAAGAUCAGUAACGUAUUCUAAAUACUUUGGAUUACUUCUUCAGCACUGGUACAAAAAUUAUCAAGAAUAUGAUUUUUGCCGUAAUAUCAAAGGUCUUACUAGAAAAAAAGAAAUUAUGAUCCAACGUGAAUUUUCUUGAUAAAAAAAAUAUGAUUGUGCCUGGUAACGUGCAUGUAAAAUGGCUAGAAAUAGCAUUUUAUCUUAGCGUAAAGCUGACAAUUUACACAAGGUUUAUUUCUAUUUCUUCUGCUCCAAACUUACUUCAAACUUACUUCUCUGUCUGCUCGUAUGAAUGUAACACAUCUUAAGAAAGUAUUUCACCGCUGUUCAAAUGCACUUUGGAUCGUAUCAUUUAUAUGUGUAAAGUUUUCCAUCUGAAAGGACUAAAUAUUAAAUGAAACUAAUGACAAUAAAAUGCAAUGUAAUCUCUUCAGUAAUCAAAAUACUUUUUGAAUGUAACUGUAUUCUAAUUACCAAUGAUUUAAAUUGUAACUGUAGAGGAAUACAGUUACUUAUAUUUUGUAUUUUAAAUAUGUAAUCCCGUUACAUGUAUUCUGUUACUCCCCAACACUGUUCACUCUUAAAUCAAAGCUUUGAUCAUCUUCUGGCAGCACCGCCCAAAUCAAAUAUGGCAACUACUGUACAGGUUGGCAGGGUGAAGAUUUGGCAUAUUUUUCCUUUUGUGUUCCACAGAAGAAAGAAAUGCAUAUUAAUGAUGCCAGAAUUUUCAUUUUUGGGUGAGCUUUUCCACAAAGUCAUUUCAGUUACUGUGAAGCACUGGACCUUUUGCAUUUUGUUUUAUUUUAGUAUUUUACUUUUUAAUUUUUGUUAUGUGAUGUAAACUUGGUAACCCACUUAGCCUUGAUAAAACGUCGUGCUGUACUUUUGUUGAGUGGACAAUGUCUUGGUUUAUUUGAGAAUUUCAUGUCCAUCUAUACAGAUUUAUAUUGUGUGGCAUAGAGUCAAGAGGUAUGUUGCUUAGAUUUCAGAUUAUAUUUUUUCAUUUAAUGUAUUUUUGAUGCUUCUGUUUUGUGUAGAAUUAUCUUUGUCUUUUUUUAUGUUAAAAUUAUUUUGUUGUAACCAUGGAGUAUUUUUCUUUAAAUCAGGGCAGUGAGCCUGUUCUGUUAACAGACUCAGUUUUAAGGUGCAGCAAGUUAAAAAAAAUGCAUUCCGUGAAAACGGUGCCAUUUUCGGGGGCGGAGCUCCUAAUGUGACGGUCAAAUGCAAAAGUAGAUUUGCUGUUAAAAGACCUCAUAUUUGCUCUUUGUAUUAUCAAAUUAUAAAACAUUACCUUCAGCAAAGUUAUUGUUCAUCUUUUCCUCGAAAUGCUGCUUGAGGUGAGAGGAAAUGUUUUUUUGACUCAGUAUAUUAUGUAAAUUCAUGAGGAUGUGAUGGGAAACAUUUAAUGUACCAGGGAUGACACUAGAGGGCACUACCUCAUUAAUGUCUAUGUUCUCAGUACUUGUGUGAUAAUGUUAGUGAAGGAAAGUGUUUCUCAAUCUAAGUUCUGGAAUAAGAAUACAUUUUUC